AUAAUAAUGCACUGGACGAACAGGGGAACACCAAUCGAUCCGUAUCCGACGGCACAAAACCUCGCCAAAAUCGAACGGAAGAAUGGCAGAAGACGGAAAAUCAGCAGCGGGGGCGGCGGAGACGGCGCCACCAGAUGCCCAGCUCUUUGGCCUUCUCGCCAAUUUCCUCCAGCAGGUAGAAGCAUUGACAAAUCAAGAAGAAGUUGAAUUGCGUUCGAAAAUUGAAGCCCUUGGGCUUGAAGUUACAAAAGUACCUCCAAAAUCUACUCAAAAUCUUGACGAGCUGGAAAUAGCACAGGAGUUGGAUAAAUUAUCUGCGAAGUUGGAUGAUGUUGAUGAGAUGAUUUCGGCAGCCAUGGCUGCAGACCCCCAGGUGAAGUCUCUGUUGAGCAGCACUGCCGAUGUAUGGAUGCCGGUGAUCACUGCAACUUCCGAUGAACGGCAAAAAUUUACGGCAACCACCGGAGGUGGUAGUGAUGAGGCAAAGGACCAGAUUUCUGAUAAGUGAAGUCCUAAUGUCAUUGUUCAAUAUUGGUUUUUUGUUUUGUUUUUUCCCCUCAUUUUUUCCUUCUCGUGUGUACUUUUAUUGAUCAUAUAUUGUGGGCUCAGCAAUCUGAAGCCAAAAGUUUAUCUGUACUGUUCUUGAUAAAUCUUAGGUUGGGCUGCACAUAGAGGAGAAUGCCCAUCUUCAUUGCUUUCAAUAGUGCUGGCUAAUUUGAAACAAGCAAGUUGUUUUUGUUCUAUAUUGAUAUGUUAGCUUCUUACACUUUUA